AAGCCCAGCCUGACAUGUUGAUGCCUUGGGAUGUUUAACUUGAUCUACACCGGUGUUUGUACGGCAUCAAAUGUGCAAUUUUACGUUUAUCUCUUCUUAUCUUCAGCUGAGGUGAGACUGCUUUUACUGGGAUUCUCUUUGACACCAAACACAGCAGACUCACGUUCUGUGGAUAUGUGCAGGGACAUGACAAUGCUGGAACUGGAAGACUCCAUCAGUCGCUUCAGGUUUGCUCAGUCGUGCGUGGGGCUGGCCGGCUGCCUGUGUGUGUCUUACGCAGUCUGGACCCCGUUCUGGUUCAGGGACAGAGGACUCUGGACAGAGUGGAACAUCACUAAGAAUUCCCAGAUGGACCAUAUGGAGGACGUCAUCUUUAACAGCCUGGAACCUGAGAGAGUCCUUGGAGUUGUCUCCUUCCUGAUGGCUCUGAGCACUGGUGCCCUGUGUCUCGUGUUCGCCCUCUGCUGGACAUCAAGGUCGGUGCGCUCCUACUCCAACACUCGCUCUCUCCUGAUGGCAGGACAGGCCCUUUACCCCACCACCCUGCUCCUCCUCACCAUGGGCUCCACUGGGUUUUUCUUCCUCUUCACCUGGUCUCUCUUCACCUAUCAUCACCAGGAGGAGAUCCACCAGGACUUCUCCAGCCUCGGCUCCUCCUACUGGCUGGGUGCUUUGGGUUGGGUCCUGCUGCUCGUUGUGGAGCUGGUUGUGUUCGUAGUGGAACAACUUAUCGUUCCAGACAUCAUUCCAGAUUUAGAGAAGGCCAUAGAGUCAUGGCGGGUUACGUCUCAGGUUAAGGCUCUCACCCGCUCGUCCAGUGAUGGUUAUCACACUGGUAACAAGAACAUUUUCAGUCCAAGGAGGUAUCUGUCAGGGCCUUGACUCUGCUGCAGAAUAGAAGACUUACAAAGUUUAUAGAUGAGCCAGACUGAAUUCUGAUUUACCUGCUGCCAUUAUCAUGUGCUGCCUAUCAGGAGAUAACGGUCUCUGAACAUCUGUGGGAAUGAAACCUUCUCACUUCAGCUGGUCAUUCCCCAGUUUGGACUGAGAUUAGCUGAGCUCAAAUACAU